UCUCCCGGAACAACUGUCCCGGGCACUCUCCUGCAGCAGCUGCUGUUUCCGGCAGGCUGACUUUCAAUGUAGCACAGUGGCGGGCGGAGCGCUUUCCCGGUGACCCCGCUGCGGCUGUCAGGGGCCGAGCUCCGGUUCAUCAUGGCGACUACGGAGGAGGGCGGAUGGACGUACUGAUGACCGUCCGUAAGAUCGCCUCGAUCUGUACGAUGGGCACCAAUGCCUCAACAUUGGAAAAAGAGAUCGGCCCAGAACAAUUUCCUGUAAAUGAACAUUAUUUUGGUUUGGUCAAUUUUGGCAACACCUGCUACUGCAAUUCUGUUCUACAAGCACUUUAUUUUUGUCGCCCGUUUCGGGAAAAAGUUCUGGCAUACAAGGUCCAACCACGGAAGAAGGAAAGCUUGCUCACAUGCCUGGCGGACCUCUUUAACAGCAUUGCCACGCAAAAGAAGAAAGUGGGGGUUAUACCUCCCAAAAAGUUCAUCUCCAGAUUGAGGAAAGAAAAUGAACUGUUUGAUAACUACAUGCAACAGGAUGCCCAUGAGUUCCUAAAUUACCUGCUCAACACUAUUGCCGACCUGCUGCAGGAAGAGAAGAAACAGGAGAACCAGAAUGGCAAGCUGCAGAAUGGGAGCUUAGAACUGCCAGAACCAGAUAAACCUGACCUCACUUGGGUUCACGAGAUCUUCCAGGGAACCCUAACCAAUGAAACCAGAUGUCUAAACUGUGAGACUGUUAGUAGCAAAGAUGAAGAUUUCUUGGAUCUCUCUGUAGAUGUGGAACAAAACACUUCCAUUACACACUGCUUAAGGGGAUUCAGUAAUACAGAAACACUAUGCAGCGAAUACAAAUAUUACUGUGAGCAGUGUCGAAGCAAACAGGAAGGACAGAAGAGGAUGAGAGUGAAGAAGUUGCCUAUGAUAUUAGCCCUGCACUUGAAACGAUUUAAAUACAUGGACCAGCUGCACCGAUAUACCAAACUCUCCUACCGCGUGGUGUUCCCACUUGAGCUGCGGCUCUUCAACACUUCCGGAGACGCCACUAACCCUGACCGAAUGUAUGACCUCGUAGCAGUGGUGGUCCACUGUGGCAGUGGCCCAAACCGCGGACACUACAUCACCAUUGUAAAGAGCCAUGGAUUCUGGCUGCUGUUUGAUGAUGAUAUUGUAGAGAAGAUUGAUGCCCAAGCCAUUGAAGAGUUCUACGGUUUAACAUCAGACAUUUCCAAAAACUCUGAGUCAGGUUAUAUCCUGUUUUACCAAUCCAGAGACUGAUUCCCGUUCUGGGGAGAAAAUAAAUGCCUAGUACUGAAGAAGGUUAAACUGUUGGACAGUGAAUGAGGAAUCAGUGGUCCUUUAACAGACUUAAAGGAUUCACACAGCUGCCACCGUGAACAUCGGUUUUCAGUUCCUGGAAAGACUGUUUCACUUAUAAUUUCUCUGGUCUCCACAAGUAUACAAAGCCAAUCUUCUCCUGAAAGCCAUUUCAGUCUGUCUUCUCUUUACCAGGCCCAGGAGGGUCAUAACCUUCCAUACUCCUUGUGGGCUGAGAAGAGUAGUUUGGCACUGUUUUGUUGGAGAGUCCGUAGGAAAGAUGACAUCUACUGCGGAGUAUAAAUGACUCGCUCAGACCCAAGCAAAGAAGAUAGCACUUUGUAAGACAGACAGCUGUGGUUUGGUGCUCAGUUCAUUCUCAAUCAAAGAUUUUAAAGUUUAAAAAUAUGUGAUUCAUAACAUCAGGUUAUUGUUUCAUAUCACUUGUAAUCACGUCUGCUUCUGCACCAUCUUCAGUGAUUCCUGCCUUCCAUUUGUUUGCUGUAACACUCCUUGUAGUGAGUGUUAAUAGGCUGCUGUUCUGCACACUAAAUAAUGGGAUCACUAGGUUUUUUUGUUAUUUAAAAAAAAAAUUCAAUAUAUGUUUUGAAUUUUAGCACCUUUUUUUUAUGGUUGAAGACCUCUUCAAGUAUUGCUGCAUUAAUGGACAUGGGCUGACCAGAGUGCAAGGCUGGAGGGUUCCUAGUUUGACAAUCUCCCAGCAGGAGGGGUUUUAGGUUCUAAUUACAUGAGCGCCGGUGAGUUGAUCAGCAUCCAUGUUUGACUCACUUGUGCCCCUGUGAUAAGAUGCCAAUAACACUUGGAUGUCUGGAUAAGUGCUACGAUUGGUAAUCUCUGCAACCGCUGUCCAUAAACCUCCGAUUACAAGAGACACAUUGAGAAUUUCAGUAGGAUUAAAGUGUCAAAACCCAUAAAUAAAGCAAUUAACCCAUCUA